GUUCCUCUUUUUUUAAAUUUCCGGAUAAGGCGUUUCUAUAUCCGAUUAAUACUCCCCACUUGUUCACUCUGUAUUCCUAUGCGAAUCUCCAUGCUACAAUAAUUUCAUUUAUCCUUCCACCAAAUCUAAAAAAACAAAUUAUCUUUUCAUCGUUUCUUUAUUAUCCAUUAAUUUUGAGUGUAGAGCUAGGGUUUAAUUUGAAGAGCAUCGAACAAUGCAUUCGGUGUUUGAUCUCUUCACUCCAGCAUCUUUCUAUGGUUUAUUAGUGUGUUUUCAUCGUCAUAAACACAUGGCGAAAUUUGAUUGGCCUAAUUCUCUUAGUUAACGUUUACUUUUAAUUAAUCCAUUUUGUUUUAAGGGACUAAUCAAUUCUGCUAUUUUGCGGUUUCAUUCCCUAGUAUUUUUGUAUCCAAAUCUGUUGGUAUAGAUCGUGAUCUUUGUGUGUUACUUGGAGGAUCUGACAAGGUUCAUUUCAAUAGAGGUCUGUGCUGCUCUCUUUGUAAUUGAUGGACGAUUGUCCUGCUAGCCACAAGUCUGUGUCUGAAAAUGUUGGCGCCCUUUGCGAGUCAUCAAAGGAGACGCCUGAUUGUGCUUUUGGAAAUACAGGUGGUCUCUCUAUAAAUGAUUUUGGCCACCAUAUCCCUACUCAUUUAAAUAAUCAGGAUGCUGAAGACUCAAACGAUAAGUGCAAUGCUGAGACAGUGAAGGAAGAUGUAAGUAAAGAUUCCAAUGGAAGUGACCCUGGUAAUGUUGCUUCUGUAAAAUGCUUGAUCAAAUGUGCAACAUUUCCAUGCUCUGGUAUGAGCGUGCCCACUGCAGAAUCUCCUGAUGACGCGACUGCUGAAGUAAUGACACGUGGUGCUGAUGCUAAAUCUCCUGAUUUGCCUUACUUACGUUCCAUAUCCCUGCCAACUCCUUUGAAGCUUGUAUCUGCCAUAAAAGGCGGCCGUGAGAAACAAGGCAGUCUACCGAGGAAGCUGACUGUAACAUGGGCUCCGGAUGUGUAUGACCCUAUUCCAACAUCAGUGUCACAUGUGCCAAACAAGGGACAAAGCCAUAAGAGUGGCAAGAAGAAGAAUGGGAAGAAUAAGCAGAAAAACAAUGGCAAAUCCUCACGAGGAACCAAGGGUAGAGACAAGAAACAAGCUCGGAAACAUGGAGGGAGUUCUCAGAGAAGUUGCCAUCCUCUCGAUGAUAGCAACAUGACAGCUUCGUCGAGUGAGGUACAAUCUAGCAUUGUGGAUUUUGAUAUUGGCAGCCCAGAUCCAUUUUGUGGGAGCAGUUUUCUUAAGAAAUCUAUCACAAAACUGCACUUCCCGGUUGCAGAGGCCAGCUGAGCUCCGUUAUUAAUCUUAGUUGACUCUCUUGAUUAUGUCACUGAGUUUUGUAAAUAAAUAAGUGUUAGGGCUUUGUUGAGCACUGUAAGUUGUGAAAACAGAGUCGUAGUUAGUUGUAGCAUGUUCAUGCUAAACUUUUCAACCUAUGUCAUGGUGGUUGAGUCUUUAGUUUCUACUAUGCUGUAUUUCAUGUUGUUUUUUUCGUUUAACCAUAAUUUCAUGUUAGCUCGAACAAGUUAAAAUUAGGACUCUUAGUUUCAUUGUAAACAAAAAUCAUCUUUAAGUCGCAUUCUGAGUAUUUUGAUUGCAGAAA